GUAAAUGUUUCAUCCCACAUCUUCAAAUCUACAUCGACAGUGUGGACAGAAAUCUGUCUGACCUGAUAGAUCGUUUUGUCAUGGACCAAAAACAGAGCAUUCCCACUGAAGCUACCGAAACCCAGGCCGCCAUCUUGCCCAGUUGUCCAGAUUUGUUUGUAUUUUAUAAAAAGAGCAUGAUUCAAUGCAACCAACUGGAUAGAGGGCAAACCAUGCUCAGUCUGGCAAAGGUUUUCCAAAAAUAUUUGCACGAGUAUUCCGAAAAGUUGCUUAUGAGCAAUCUACCUAAAAUAGAAACGCAGACGUUAGGUGCUUCUAUGCAGAAUUUCACCAAAGAUUUACAGAAAAUAUCUACGUCGGGAUUAAUACAUAAUUUUUCGUCACUUCUGAAGGACGGUGAAGUCACAAGGUAUGUUCACAAAGAUGAGCAAACAAAAAUUUGUUACGUUUUAACUACCGCAGAGUAUUGUUUAGAAACCACGCAACAGUUACAAGAUAAGCUAAAGGAGAAAAUUGAUCCUUCCUUGGCAGACCAGAUAGAUUUUUCUAAGGGGCAAGAUGACUUCCACAAAGUAAUCUCGAAUUGUAUACAGAUUUUGGUGCAAGAUUUUGGAAAAUGCUUGUGAACCUGCCCUAACAGCUAUGAGUAAGAUUCAAUGGCAGAACUUCGAUACAGUUGGAGACCAAAGUCCGUACAUCACAGCGAUAACACACAUCUAAAAACGACAGUUCCUAUAAUCAGAGAUAAUUUAUCGCAUUCCAGAAAAUAUUUCACCAAGUUUUGUAUCAAGUUUGUGGAUAGUUUCAUUCCAAAGUUUAUUCAAAGUAUUUAUAAGUGCAAACCGAUUAAAUCAGAAGGUGCAGAACAGCUUUUGCUUGACACUCAUAUGUUGAAGACGGUCCUGUUGAAUCUGCAUCGAUUGCUUCUCAGAUUAACCAUCCUGCGCAGCAGCAUAUACAAAGGUGGUUACAAAAGGACUGACAAAAGCAGAAAUGAUUUUGAAAGUGGUGAUGACACCUGCUGAUCCUCCGAAGAAUUUUGUAGAGCAAUAUAAAAUGCUGCUUCCCGACUGUCACUUAACAGAGUUUAUAAAGUUCUGGAGAUGAAAUGCGUCAAGAGACAAGAACAGGCUGUGCUGGUAGAAUUGUUUAAAAGCUACAAAUAAUUAUACGUACUCAAAUAUGUAAAUUUUAGUUUAAAGUAUUUUUAUUUAUUUUGUUCAUAUAUUGUUUACGUAAUUUAUGAUGAGUAUUGAAUUAAUAAAUUUCUAUUGAC